AUGGUGGCAGCGGCGCUGGCCGGCACCGUGCUGGGCGCCCUGCUGGCGCUGGCUGGCUCUGGUUUUGGGCUGGCUCUGGCUUUGGUUUGGCUCUGGCUUUGGUUUGGCUCUGGCUUUGGCGCCGUGCCGGUUCCGGUGCCGCCCUCUCAGCCCAUCGCACCUCGCGGCCCGCAGGCAGCAGCGCAGCUGACCCCGAUCCACCGCGCCGGUUACUGCGCCUUCUACGGCAGCUGCGGCCGCAACCCGGAGCUGAACAACUCGCUGGUGAGCGCCGAGGUGCCCUGCCUGUCCAACAGCCCGGCGCGGAACGCCUCGGCCGCGAUGCUGCCGCUGCUGCGCUCCGUCUGCCCGGAGUUGGUGCGGGACGACGGCGGCGCCACGCCGGUUUGCUGCUCGCCGUCGCAGCUGCUCGCCCUGCAGCUCUCGGUCGCGCUGUCGGGCACCGUGUUGUCCCGCUGUCCGUCCUGCGCCCGCAACUUCGCCAACCUGCACUGCAACAACAUCUGCAGCCCCGACCAGAGCCUUUUCGUCAACGUCACCCGCGUCGCCGACGGCGGCGCGGCGGCGGGGCUGCCGGUGUUGGAAUAUCAGAGCUUCUACCGGCAGAGCUACGCCGACGCCGCCUUCGAGUCGUGCAUCGGCGUGCGGCUGCCGGCCUCCGGCGGCUUCGCCUUGGACACCAUGUGCGGCAUCUACGGCGCCCGGCUGUGCACCGCGCAGCGCUGGCUCGACUUCCAGGGCGACACCGGCAACGGCUUGGCUCCGCUGCGGAUCCGCUUCCAGCUGCUGCCCGACGACGCCGAACCCGGCGCCGGCAUCGAGCCGCUGAGCGGCAGCCCGUGGCCGUGCCAAGGGUCGCCCGACGCCGAGCAGCAGCCGUGCAGCUGCCAGGACUGCGCCGCGUCCUGCUCGCCCAUCUCCGCGCCUCCGGGCCCGGCGCCGCCGUUCCUCCUCGGCUCCGCCGACGGCGCCCUGGUUCUGUGCGUUCUGCUCUUCGCCUUCUUCGCCCUCGUCUUCCUCACCUCCAUCACCUGCGGCGGCUCCGACGCCGCCACCUCCGCGCCCAUCGCCGUCGCCAAAAAGCCCGGCUGCGCCGCGCGCGUCUCCGCCGGCAGCCACCGCGCCGUGGCCCGGCUGUUCGCCCGGUGGGGCGCGGCGGUGGCCUCGCACCCCGUCCCGGUGCUGGCGGCGGCCGCGGCGGUGACGGUGGGGCUGGCGGCGGGGCUGCACCGGCUGCAGCUCACCACCGACCCGGUGGAGCUUUGGUCGGCGCCGGACAGCCGGGCUCGGACGGAGAAGGAGUUCUUCGACCGGCACUUCGGGCCGUUCAUGCGGACGUGCCAGGUGAUCGUCACGGCGCGGCAGCCCGGCCCGCCGGUCCCGUAUCGCUCGGAGGUUCUGGGCAGCAAGAACUUCAGCUCCGUGCUGAACGCCGAGGUGCUGCGGGCGCUGCUGGAGCUGCAGGAGGAGCUGGCGGAGAUGAGCGCCUGGGUGGAGGAGGACGGCAGGGCGGUGCGGCUGGAGGACGUUUGCUACGCGCCGCUCAACCCCGGCAACGCGUCCAGCGCCGACUGCUGCGUCAACAGCGUCACCCAGUACUUCCAGAACAACAGGACCAGGCUGGAGAUGCGCGCGGAGCAGAGCGGCGGCGGCAGCAGCGGGACGGCGGACUGGAGGGACCACGUCAUGUACUGCGUCAACUCCCCGCUGUCCUUCAUGGACAUCACGGCGCUGGAGAUGAGCUGCAUGGCCGCCUAUGGGGGGCCCGUCUUCCCCUACAUCGCCUUCGGGGGCUACCCAGGCUCCGAGUACACGGAGGCGGCGGCGCUGAUCCUCACCUACUCGCUGAACAAUUUCCCCGCGGGCGACGCGCGGCGCCGCUGGGUGCUGAGCUGGGAGCAGCGCUUCCUGCAGGCCGUGCGCAGCUUCCAGAGCGCCCACAGCCACAACCUCAGCGUCUCCUUCAUGGCCGAGCGCUCCCUGGAGGACGAGCUGAGCCGCACGACGGCGCAGGACCUGCCGGUGUUCGCCACCAGUUACCUCCUCGUCUUCCUCUACAUCGCGCUGGCGCUCGGCGAGUACAGCGCGUGGGGCAGCCUGUGGGUGGAGUCGAAGCUGACGCUGGCGCUGGGCGGCAUCGCGGUGGUGCUGGGUGCUGUGCUGGCCGCCAUGGGCGCCCUGGCGCUGCUGGGGCUGCCGUCGUCCCUCGUCAUCCUGGAGGUGGUGCCGUUCCUCGUGCUGGCCGUGGGCGCCGACAACAUCUUCAUCUUCGUGCAGGAGUUCCAGCAGUCGGAGCGGGCGGUGGGUGAGACGCGGGAGCAGCACAUCGGGCGGGUGCUGGGCCAGGUGGCACCCAGCAUGAUGCUGUGCAGCCUCUCCGAGGUCAUCUGCUUCUGCCUGGGCUCGCUCUCCUCCAUGCCCGCUGUCCGAACCUUCGCCCUCACGGCCGCCGUCUCCAUCGCCUUCGAUUUCCUGCUGCAGAUGUCGGCCUUCGUCGCCCUGCUGGCCCUCGACGCCCGGCGGCAGGAGGUGCGGGGUGGGGGCACCCAUGGGUGGGGGUGUCCAUGGGGUGCCCAUGGGGUGCCUAAGGGGUGCCCAGGGUGGAGAUGGGGUGCCCGGUAUGGGUAUGGGGUGCCCAGGAUGGAUGUAGGGUGCCCACAAUGGGAGAUGGGGUGCCCAGCAUGGGCCGGGCGCUACGACGUGUGCUGCUGCUGCGGGGCGGCGCCGCGGGGACAUUUGGGGUCGGGGCUGCGGCUGCUGCGCCCCUUCAUGAGCCGCUGCUACGUCCCAGCGCUGCUGCACCGCGCCGUGCGCCCCGCCGUGGUGCUGCUGUUCCUGGCCCUGGCGUUCUGCGGGCUGUACCUCAUGCUGCAGCUGGAGGUGGGCCUGGACCAGGAGCUCUCCAUGCCCACGGACUCGUACAUGCUGCAGUACUUCGCGGACAUGGCGCGGUACCUGCAGGUGGGGCUGCCCACCUUCUUCGUCACCACGGCCGGCUUCGACUUCAGCAGCACCGCGGGCACCAACGCCGUGUGCUCCAGCGCCGGCUGCGACAACGACUCGCUGACGCAGACCAUCCAAUACGCCACGCUCUUCCCCAACGUCUCGUUCCUGGCCAUCCCCGCCACGUCGUGGCUGGACGACUUCCUGGACUGGCUGAGCCCCACCGCGCGCUGCUGCCGCGUCCACAGCGCCGCCAACGGCAGCGGGGGGUUCUGCGCCUCCACCGACUGUGAGCGGGCCGGAAGUGGGGCGGAAGUGGGGCGGAAGUGGGGUGGAAAUGGGGUGGAAGUGGGGCGGAA